AGGGACCGAGGAAAAGGAGCAGACGUUGGGGCGUGGUUCUCCUCGCGGUCCCCUAGGUGGCCCUUUUCUGCUUGUCUCCCUCACCCUCGCGAUGAGUCCUGGAAAAAGCAGCUGUUAUUAGCCCCCUUUGCAGAUGAAGUAAGUUUCAGAAAGGUGAAGUCCUUUGUCCAGGCUCAACUAGUCAGUGGUGAAGCGAUUACCCUGGAUUGUGCCACUUAACCUGGCCCCCUUUUGCUCUACAAAUCAGAUGGCACCUGUGGAUGGUCAACAGAAGCCUCACAGUAUGGCUUGGAUGCCCCCUGUCAUUCAGACCACUGACUACAGUUUAGCAGGAAAAUCCUGCCUGGUCUGUCCUGGGGACAAAGGCUGCUGCCACCUGCCGCUCCCCUUCACUGCUCACACACCAGCCCUCCGGCUGCUUCCCUGCUUCUCUCUGCCAGCUCCUGACCUGGCACUGCCCAAGCUGACUUUGGAGCUGUACACACCUGGGUGACAUCCCGGCUCUGCCACUUUCCCAGGGCAGAGCGCCUCUCUGGGCCUCAGUUCCCUCCCCUGUCAAUUGAGAAUGACAGGUUACCUCAUGCAGUGAGUGACGAAUCAAGAGACAGCGCACAUCAGCACUAUCAUGACUUGGACCCUCGCAGCCGAAAUCGCUGAGUGGCCAGUGAACUGCUGCUGGCCAUGGGCUUGGAAGAUCCACCGCCCACACCCCAACCUGGUUGAGAUUGAAAGCAGUGGCUUGGGGUCCUCCCUGGUCAUCCCUUUGCACCUGCCACUCAUUUCACCUGCAUUUGCUGGACAGCUGGGUUGGAUUUUAUGUUUUGGGAUUUUCACUGGGCAAAAACAUACAAGUCAUGGACCUAAGGUCUAUAUCUCUGAAAUUGCCUACCCAGAAGUGCGGGGGCUGCUCGGCUCCUGUGUGCAGCUGAUGGUCGUCAUCGGCAUCCUCCUAGCCUACCUGGCAGGCUGGGUCCUGGAGUGGCGCUGGCUGGCCGUGCUGGGCUGUGUGCCCCCCUCCUUCAUGCUGCUGCUCAUGUGCUUCAUGCCCGAGACCCCGCGCUUCCUGCUGACUCAGCACAAGCGCCAGGAAGCCUUGGCCGCUGUGCAGUUCCUGUGGGGCUCCGAGCAGGGCUGGGAAGAGCCCCCCGUCGGGGCUGAGCACCAGGGCUUCCAGCUCGCCCAGCUGAGGCAUCCCGGCAUCUACAAACCCUUCGCCAUUGGCAUCUCACUGAUGGUUUUCCAGCAGCUGUCAGGGAUCAACGCUGUCAUGUUCUAUGCAGAGACCAUCUUUGAGAAGGCCAAGUUCAAGGACAGCAGCCUGGCCUCUGUCAUCGUGGGCAUCAUCCAGGUGCUGUUCACGGCCAUAGCAGCCCUCAUCAUGGACAGAGCUGGGCGGCGGCUGCUCCUGACCUUGUCAGGUGUAGUCAUGGUGUUCAGCACCAGUGUCUUCGGUGCCUACUUCAAGCUGACCCAGGGAGGGCCCAGCAACUCCUCACACAUGGACCUUCUGGUGCCCGUCUCCAUGGAGCCUGCCAGUGACAGUGUAGGGCUGGCCUGGUUGGCAGUGGGCAGCAUGUGCCUCUUCAUUGCUGGCUUCGCUGUGGGCUGGGGACCCAUCCCUUGGCUCCUCAUGUCUGAGAUCUUCCCUCUGCACGUCAAGGGUGUGGCCACCGGCGUCUGCGUCCUUACCAACUGGCUCAUGGCCUUUCUGGUGACAAAAGAAUUCAGCAGCCUCAUGGAGGUGCUCAGGCCCUACGGUGCUUUCUGGCUCGCCUCUGCCUUCUGCAUCAUGAGUGUCUUUUUCACUUUGCUCUGUGUCCCUGAAACCAAAGGAAAGACUUUGGAGCAAAUCACAGCCCAUUUUGAGGGACGAUGACAGCUCCUUCCUGGGAGUGGCUGUCCCUCCUAGCUGGGCUGCCUUGGGCUCUGGAGGGGACAGAGCCUGCCUGUGACUUCAGGCUGGGCCUCAGCCAGAGCCCAGAACCCUACCUGCCCCCCAGAGAGCCAGGAUCCAGGACCGCAGCCCCUCGCAGCCUUGUCCUCCGGGUUCCUCCUCCUUGCCCAGCUCUCUGCACUUCACAAGCCAUGGGCAUGAGGUUCCUAGUCCCUGGGUCCAGGUCCCACUGCUGCUCUGAGAUGGGAAGAGGGGACAUCUUGGAGAGUCUUCGCUGCCCUGUGGCCAGUCCUCCACCUGCGGUCUCUGUCAUGACACGAGAGCAACAGUGGAGGAGGGGGACUCCUGGCUCCGCCCUUUCUAGAGGAGGUGCUUUUGGAGGCUGGGUGGUGGUGGCCCAUGAUCUCACAGAGUUGUAUUAUAAGGAAGGAACUUUGCCAAAUAAAGACUUGACUCAGA